AUGCCGCCGGAUUCUGCUUUGAGGGAGAUUGACCUUUCCGCAUCCAAUCUUUGCUCACUAUGGCGUCGCCUCCGCUGUGGACUCGGCAGCGGAGCCAGCGAUGGCCAGGAGCGUCGCGAGAAACAGCGGUGGCGCCCCGUACACUCCUCAGCUUUCGAGUAUGAGCCUCUGGGAGAUGCCAAUGAAAUUCGCCUGGUGUUCAUCAGGAAGUCGAAUUUCACCGGCGAAUGGCAGCUGGCUUAUCACAUAGUCCACGCCCGCAUCGACUCGGACUACACCGCUGUCUCCUAUACCUGGGGUGAUCCCAAUCGCAGUCGCUGGAUCCAUUGCAACCAAAAGCUGAUCCGAGUCCCUCUCAAUUGCGAAGACCUUCUCAAGUCGCUGGCCGACGCAGAUAUCCCGGGGCCAUUCUGGAUCGAUGCGCUUUCCAUAGAUAUGGACAACAUUGAGGAGCGGAACGAGCAAGCCGGACGAAUAGCAGAUAUCUUCAUCAAAGCCAGCCGCACCGUCGUCUAUCUGGGCAGGCACGAUUCGCAUUCUGCCAGGGUGGUGCAACUGAUGCCAGAAAGCAGCAACGACGAUAACUUCAUUACGUCCGAGCUGAAUCCGGAAGAUGAAGAUCACGCUCGGAAAUUCCUUCAGCGGCCCUGGUUCUCGCGCACAUGGGCAAUGCAAGAAGUUCUCUUCUCCCGCAACUCCAGAGUACUUGUGGGCGGCGCGGUCAUCAGCGAUAUCAAGCUGCAUCCUUCCACAAUCGACCUACAGGAACUGCCACUUCUGGCCGCCAGUGUGCACAUGACCCUGCCGAAUGUCCUGACCACUUUGACGAAUCUUGGUCUCGAGUCGCUGUCCAGCAGACAGUGGAAAAGCUUCGAAGAGUGGCAGCUUGGCGUCGGCAGAGGCACGCUCUGCAGCGCGACCUAUCAAUCUGUUUUCCAAAGCCAAAAGAGCGGCCGCCCUAUGCUACCGUUCUAUCGCCUUCACGAGCUGAUGGAGAAGACUCGUGGACUGCAUUGUUUUGAUCCUCGAGAUCGAAUCUUCGCCAUGAUCUCGCUGUUUCAGAAGCCAAUCCCAAAGUUCAUCACGCCGGACUACGCCAAGAGCAUACCGCAAGUGUACACCGAUCUGAUGUGGUUCUUCAUUCGCCUCGAUAUCUCAGAUGCCCUCAACUCCGCCGGUCCUGUUCGAGGAGACAGUGUGCUGCCCUCUUGGGUCGUUGAUUGGAGGCAGCCAUUGAAGGAACGACCGAUGAAGCGUGAUAGUUGGCGAGCCGGUUGGACACCUGGCCACAAGCAUAUGGUCUCUGCGCGAUAUGGCAACGUUCUGGCGCUCAGAGGCGUGCAGAUUGGCAAGAUAGCAGCUGUUGGCACGCAAUCAAAGCUUCCAGGCCCUGGCGACCGCUGCUCGAUCCAAGAUGCAUCUGCACAAAUAGAGACGUGGAAAGUGGAGUGGCAGUCGAUAUCACGCAGCGUUCGAGGCGUGCGGUACACAUUACAGCAGACCGAGAGAAGAAAGUUCAUCCUGCGCCAGGCCAGGGAACUUGAGGGAGACUAUCGAACCGACUCUGUAAUUGCUGCGUCUGGAAGAUCACGGCAAUCAUCAGAAUCAGUUACCGGACGGACUAUCGAGAACUAUCUGCGUGGCUUCGAGACCAGAUUCUAUGGCACCGAUCAGCUAGCACAUCCUUGCAUAAAUCGCCGCCCCAUCAUUCUGAACGACGGGUCGCCUGGGUUGGGACCCGCGGCCACCGUGGCGAGCGAUGAAGUUUGCGUCUUUCUUGGCGUUCCGACGCCAUUUGUGGUGCGACCUCUCGGAGACAAAUGGUAUAUUGUCGGUCAGUGCCUAGUUGAGGGAAUCAUGCAUGGCGAGGCUGUCAAAGAUGUCGAUUGGGAUUCGGUCAGCCGGCCAGUGCCGAAAGCUCCGCUGCAUGACUUCUUCAUCCAUUGA